UUUGUAUAAAUGUAGCAACAAAGCAUUUUAGAUGUGACUAUCUAAAAUAAAGCAACAGUUGUAUUAUACAAAAUAAGUGAUAAAUUUAUAUACAGUACACUUUAACGAAAAAAUUGACCAAGAUGCCGUGCACCUGUAGUGAUAUAUUCAAGAUCAUUUUUGCCAUAUUUUUACCCCCAUUGGGCGUAUUGUUGGAAAAAGGCUGCGAUUGUGAUCUCCUGAUCAACAUUUUACUGACAUGUCUCGGGUAUAUACCGGGUAUUAUUCACGCCCUGUAUAUCAUAUUUACUUAA